UCCAUUCGAGCCUCUGUGUGAUAAGCAUAUUCAGCGUGCUUGAAAUGAUAGAAAAUUUCAAUUAAAUUAGUUACCUGCAUGCAUGCUUUAUUCGUAAUGUAUUGCUAUGCAAGUUGGUUGCUGUCUUCCAUCUUCUUCUGGUUGUGUUCCUGUCGUGUGGAUUAUUGCUAUGCCGGAGAUACUUUGAAGCAGGGCGAGUGGAUUACUGACAAUGGAAUAACCCUUGUCUCCAGUGGAGAAACGUUUGAACUGGGAUUCUUUACCCCUAUCAGAAGCUCUACCCACGAAAGGUUCGUUGGGAUUUGGUACAAGCAGGAUCAACAAACAGUUGUAUGGGUUGCCAAUCGAGGCUACCCUGUACUUAACGGUUCCACUGGAACUUUUGGAAUUUCAGAUGAUGGAAACCUCCAGGUAUCGGAUACUGGAGGUGAAUAUUAUUGGUAUACGGAUCUUGAUUUCUCGUCUACAAAUCGGACUGUGAAGCUCCGCGAGGAUGGAAACCUGGUCUUAAGCGAUGAUAAUUCGUCGGCGAUGGUUCAGUGGGAGAGCUUUAAAUAUCCGACUGAUACAUUUCUUCCAGGUAUGAACAUAGAUCAAAUCCGGUUGAUUUCAUGGAAACCCGAUGAUGACCUGGAAAGGCGGAAGAGGUUCAGCUUUAGGAAAGAUGAAGAAGAGGGCAACUACGUUAUCAAAAAGGGGCGAAGACAAGAUUAUUGGAGAAGUAGUUGGAUAAGAAACAGCUCAGAUGUCAUGCCCUAUGACAUAGAAAUGUUAUUAUUAAAGAAGAGAUAUUCAUGGGGUUUUCCUUACGAAAGGUUGGUGAUGAAUAAUACGGGGGAAUUACAAUACUAUCGGAGCUCGAGUGUGGACGUGGGAAAGUGGUCUUUGAUUUGGAGAAAGCCGGAAGAACAAAAAUAUUGUAGCAUUUACAAUUAUUGUGGGAAUCUCGGCAGCUGCAAUAUUAAUAACAAUAAGGUAUGCAAAUGUUUGCCCGGGUUCCAACCUAAUUCCCGGAUGGAAUGGGAUUCUGGAGAUUUUUUGAAGGGGUGCGGAAGAAGUUGGAAUUCAUCUGACGAGAGAGACAUGUUCUUGAGCUUAAAGAUGAUGAAAGUGAGCAUGUAUGACUAUUCUUUAGUGGUCAAUGAUACAACAUGCAGAAGGGAGUGCCUUAACAACCACCUGUGCCAGGCUUAUUCAACACGCCUGCAGGUUUAUUUAGUGUCGAUCACAUUCUGCAGAAUUUGGACUUCGGAUCUAAGUGAUCUUCAAGAGGAAUACACAAACGGUGUUGACCUCUUUGUCCGCGUUGGGAAAUCUGAAAUAGGAUCAACUUCAAGGAGUUGUGAGCCUUGCGGCACAAACCUGAUCCCCUAUCCGCUCAGCACUAAAAAAAAUUGUGGUGACCCCAUGUACUUCAGUUUCUACUGCAACAAUUCCACAGGCCAGGUUAGCUUCAAGAGUACGCCUAAAGACACCUACCGAGUCAUAAGUAUCGAUCCAGGCACACGGAAAUUUUUCAUCCAAAUCAAACACACAGGAAAUGAUACAAAUUCAACAGGAAUUCAGCAGCUCAAUAAGUCAUUAGAGUUAUUACCGUUUAAUGCGCCCAUUGAUUCUACCAACUAUAGUUCUAAAGCUAAAGAUGAAAUAGAAAUUAGUUGGAAGCCCCCGCCGGAGCCAAGCUGUAAUUUACCCAACGACUGCAAGGACUUGCCAAAUUCAAAUUGCACUGUAGCAAAAGAUCAUAGAGAGAAGAGGUGCCAUUGCACUCAAAACUUCCAAUGGGAUGGCUCAAAUUGUACUAGAGAAAGUGCCCGAAAGAUGUCAAGGACUCUAAUUGUCAUGAUACCUCUGAUAAUAGUGUUUCUCUUCGCAAGUGCAAUUGUUUGUAUAUACAUGCGGAGAAGAAAGAUGGCCAAGAGACAAGAAAAUCAAAGAAAGCGAGCACUUCGUGCAUUAGACAAUGAAAAACAUGUCAAAGACUUGAUAGACUCGGUUGAAUUCACAGAAGAAGAUAAGAAAGACAUAGAUGUACCAUUUUUUGACUUGGAAAGCAUUCUCGCAGCUACAAAUAGUUUUUCAGAAGCAAACAAGCUUGGAGAGGGGGGCUAUGGGCCGGUUUACAAGGGCACAUUUUCAGGAGGUCAACAAAUUGCUUUAAAGAGGCUCUCAUGUGUUUCCGGACAGGGCUUACAAGAAUUUAAAAAUGAGGUGGUGUUGAUUGCAAAACUUCAACAUAGAAAUCUUGUUAGUCUUCGUGGAUAUUGCGUAAAAGGAUAUGAAAAGAUUUUACUCUACGAGUACAUGCCCAACAAAAGCUUAGACUCAUUUAUAUUUAAUAAAAAGCUAAGAAUGUCUUUGGACUGGGAGAUGCGCUUCAAAAUCAUUUUAGGAAUAGCUCGUGGGCUUGUCUAUCUUCAUCAUGACUCCAGAUUGAGGAUCAUCCAUAGAGAUAUGAAAACUAGUAACAUUCUUUUAGACGAGGAGAUGAACCCCAAAAUAUCUGACUUUGGCUUGGCAAGGAUGAUUGAAGGCAAAGAAACCGAGGCUAGCACAAUCAAACUAGCUGGAACUUAUGGCUAUAUGUCUCCGGAGUACACACAAAAUGGAAUGUUUUCAUUCAAAUCCGAUGUUUUUAGCUUUGGUGUGGUUCUACUUGAGAUUAUAAGUGGAAGAAAGAAUGAUGCCAUCAUGAGCCUUAUAGGUUAUGCUUGGAGAUUGUUGGAUGAAAACAAGGUGUUGGAUUUAGUGGACCAGACUCUACGUGAAGAUUGCAAUGCAUACCAGUUAGCAAAGUGUGUAAAUAUUGGAUUCUUAUGCUUACAAGACGACCCAAAUGACCGUCCUACCAUGUUAAAUGUUGUUACCAUGCUUGACAGUGAAGCUGCAACAAUUCCAACUCCAAAACGACCAUCUUUGGUUCCAGGGACAUGCCUUUCUAGCACAACUAGUUCUUUUACUAGACUGGACACAAUUACAGAAUCAACUAGUAGUUUCGGAGGAACGUGAUACCAAUGCAAGUUCUCUUGAAUCCAUCCUUGAUCUCUUAAUAAGAAGGUUCUAGCGCAGACAAAACAUUGGUUUUAUGAAUAAGAAGGGUUUAUUAGUCCUUCACGCAAAUGAAACUUUUCUCCCAAUAUCUAUUCAUUUUCUUGAACCUUCUUUACGGUAUCUGCAUUUGGUGAUGAUUGUAAUUUCUUUUUCUAUUUUGUUUCGGUCAUUGU